CUUCUCAUUGAUACAGGAUGUAAGAUCGACACCACAGAUAUCAAUGGAUACACAGCUUUACAUUGGGGUGCUCAGAGGGGAUAUCUACAGACCACAAGAUGUCUGGUAGAACAAGGAGGUGCCAGUCCCUUGGUUACAACACGUCGGGUAAUAUUUUAUAGUAUAUACCCAGUGUUCAAGUAUUAAGUAAUGAAUCACUAAAAUGAUGUAUAAGAUAUGUUUGGUCAAAUUGCUUUUUUUUCAAGGCUAUAGUUAAAAGUCAUAUGAUCCUUUAAAUUGGACUUAAAAUAUGAAAAAGUUAAAAAGACUUGAAUGGCUUAAUUUUACUAUAAAACACAUGAACAUAGACUAUUAUACUUGCUGUAAUUAAAAUCAGUGUAAACAAACAAAUUGUCAAACAAAACUUACACCAAUCCGUUGUCAUGACAAUUAUAACAAAGACAAAUUACUAGACAAUAUUUUUAUGUUCAAUAAGGAGGAAAUAAAAAUUGUUUUAUUAGUUUUAUAUUGUGUUGGCACUUAGAAAAUAAUUUGAAAGAGAUGAUCCUAUAAAGACUAUAUUUUUUUUUCCAAUUCCUGUAUUCAAGAUGUCAAGUGGCAGAGAUACCUAACAUCUUUGUCAAAAUUUAUUUAUUUGCUUAUUUAAACAAUAACACCAGUGAUAACACUAAAAACUAUAAAAUGCUGUAAAAUAACAAUAUACAGAUAUAGGAGGGUGUGGAUGGGUUAUACAGAUAAAGGAGGGUGUAGAUGGGCUAUACAGGUAUAGGAGGGUUUGGAUUGGUUAUACAGAUAUAGGAGGGUAAGGAUGGGGUAUACAGAUAUAGGAGGGUAAGGAUGAGGUAUACAGAUAUAGGUGGGUGUGGAUGGGGUAUACAGAUAUAGGAGGGUAAGGAUGGGGUAUACAGAUAUAGGAGGGUAAGGAUGGGGUAUACAGAUAUAGGAGGGUAAGGAUGGGGUAUACAGAUAUAGGAGGGUGUGGAUGGGGUAUACAGAUAUAGGAGGGUUUGGAUUGGUUAUACAGAUAUAGGAGGGUAAGGAUGGGGAAUACCGAUAUAGGAGGGUGGGAUGAGGGAUACAGAUAUAGGAGGGUAAGGAUGGGGUAUACUGAUAUAGGAGGGUAAGGAUGGGGUAUACAGAUAAAGAAGGGUGUGGAUGGGGUAUACAGAUAUAGGAGGGUUUGGAUUGGUUAUAUUGAUAUAGGAGGGUAAGGAUGGGGUAUACAGAUAUAGGAGGAUGUGGAUGGGGUAUACAGAUAUAGGAGGGUUUGGAUUGGUUAUACAGAUAUAGGAGGGUAAGGAUGGGGUAUACAGAUAUAGGAGGGUGGGGAUGAGGGAUACAGAUAUAGGAGGGUAAGGAUGGGGUAUACUGAUAUAGGAGGGUAAGGAUGGGGUAUACAGAUAAAGGAGGGUGUGGAUGGGGUAUACAGAUAUAGGAGGGUUUGGAUUGGUUAUACUGAUAUAGGAGGGUAAGGAUGGGGUAUACAGAUAUAGGAGGGUAAGGAUGGGGGUAUACAGAUAUAGGAGGGUGUGGAUGGGAUAUACAGAUAUAGGAGGGUGUGGAUGGAAUAUACUGAUAUAGGAGGGUAAGGAUGGGGUAUACAGAUAUAGGAGGGUUUGGAUUGGUUAUACUGAUAUAGGAGGGUAAGGAUGGGGUAUACAGAUAUAGGAGGGUAAGGAUGGGGGUAUACAGAUAUAGGAGGGUGUGGAUGGGAUAUACAGUUAUAGGAGGGUGUGGAUGGAAUAUACUGAUAUAGGAGGGUAAGGAUGGGGUAUACAGAUAUAGGAGGGUGUGGAUGGAGUAUACAUAGGAGAGUGUGGAUGGGUUAUUCUGAUAUAGGAAGGGUGUGGACGGGUAUACAGAUAUAGGAGGGUGUGGAUGGGGUAUGCAGAUAUAGGAGGAUUUGGAUGGGGUAUACAGAUAUUGGAUGGUGUGGAUUGGGUAUACAGAUAUAGGAGGGUGUGGAUGGGGUAUACAGAUAUAGGAGGGUAUGGACGGGGUAUACAGAUAUUGGAUGGUGUGGAUGGGGUAUACAGAUAUAGGUGGAUGUGGAUGGGGUAUACAGAUAUAGGAGGAGGUGGAUUGGGUAUAGAGAUAUAGGAGGGUUUGGACGGGUUAUACAGAUAUAGGAGGGUGUGGAUUAGGUUUACAGAUAUAGGAGUGUGUGGAUUGGGUAUACAGAUAUAGGAUGGUGUGGAUUGGGUAUACAGAUAUAGAAGGGUGUGGAUGGGGUACCGUAGAAAGGCUUGUAUAGUCAGCGGUUUUAUUCUCAAAAAUUGGACCUUCCUGACGGGGUGCGGACUAUAGAGUACAAUAAGCAAGAAAUAAGAGAAAAAUUUCAAUUUCGCGGGCGAGGUGGUUUGUUUACGUUCCGCCAUCUUUGUAUUUAUAUUGUAGAGGGCGCUUUUAUCAUUUUUCAAACUAAUAAUUUUAACUCACCCAUAUUAAUAAAUUAUUUCUAUUCAAUAUCUGAUAAAUAUAAAAACUAAACCUUUCAUUACAAAUUUCUCGUUUCUUUUCAAUGCAUUGGUUGAAAUAAACUGGUAUCUGCUUGAUUGAAACGAUACAAACAUAGUGAAAAAGACAACCGUAAACCAGCUUAGAAUUUGUAAACUACAAAACAUAAUCGGUUAUUGUUCGUUCCGUUUUGGUGUUUCAUACUGACUAAUAUGGUUUGUAUUCGCUUAAGACCCUUCAAACAUUAAUGUGAUAGAUAUAUUAAAGACUUUUUUACAAAAGGAUGGAACUGUUUUACUUUCAAAGUCGUAUUAUAGUGAUAUCUGUUAUGUACGGAUUUCGACUCUCACCAGUUAAUUUCUUCUUUUUCAUGUGCUUUUUAAACUUCCUGUUUAAACAUACACAAGUUUCUAAAUUGUUUUUUAAGUGAAUUAAACUUAUUUUAACAAUCAUGAAGCGUUCUAGAAUCAUUUACAAGCAGUUUCAGCUUCUGUUUGAUGAAGGAAAACAGGUUUUUCCAAGAAAAUACCGCAAACGACUGCACAGGAUUUGAAAUUACCGGAGAAGUGGGUGCGGACUAUGUACCAGUGCGAACUAUACAAGCCUUUCUACGGUAUACAGAUAUAGGAGGGUAAGGAUGGGGUAUACAGAUAUAGGAUGGUGUGGAUUGGGUAUACAGAUAUAGGAGGGGACAGACUCCAUACGAUCUAGCAGCAGAAUGGAAGAGAGGGCAGUAUAAAGAAGUGAUGGAGUACUUACAGACUGUCAUGUCAGAGAAAUCUUCAGGUGUGACGGCUGGACAAGGGAUAAAAGAUGAUAUAGUUCCAACUGAAAUCAAAUUAAUGGCUGACAAAAGGUCGGUUCCCUUGUACCUCGAAUUACUUGAGUCAGGAUCUGAAAAAAAGAGAGACAUACGUUUAGUUAUAGUUGGGAAGAAUGGCGCUGGAAAGACAUCGUUGAUUAAAAGAUUGUUCUCUGAAGAGAAUACAGAUGUAACUAGUACAAAUGGAAUAGAAAUCCACACAAUAAAAUGCAAAGCAAUGUCUGAUGAUGGCAUAUGGAAUAAGUUAGAUGGAACCGAUGAAGAAACUGAAAUUCAUGCACGACUUUUGAAACAAUACAAAGAAACAAUUGAAGCAUCAGUAGAAGAAGGAAUACAUAAAGCUACAUGUAUAAGGGAAAACACACCAUUGACAAGUUUUGAGGAGUCAAAAGAAUCAGAGAAAGUAACCCAGCAGCCUAAAGUAAUGACACCUUCAGUAACCACUAACUCUCUAGUUGAACAUCCAGUAACCUCGCAGCAACGUAGUCUGUCAUUAGAACAGGCAAAACAUGAUAUUGAAAGCAUGCUUAAAUCUAAUGUUGAUUUACAUGACAAAGAGGAGUAUGCCACAUUAUUGUUGUGGGAUUUUGCCGGAGAUGAAGAAUUUUACCACACACAUCAAACAUUUUUAUCACCAGAUGCGAUUUAUCUAGUAGUUACAAAACUCAAUGAGGCUGACGAUAAAAGUGCACAAGAGAUGUUUCAGUUGUGGAUGAACUCAAUUCAUUGCUACUGUAGACCCAAAAGUAAUGAUGAAGAAGUGCAUAGGAAAGAAAAUGAUAAUUACAUUUAUCCACCAGUAGUUCUUGUUGGCUCACAUAAAGAUAAAGUUGAACUUACUGAGGGAGAAGAGAUUGAGGACAGAUGCAGAGCUUGUCUUGAUAGAUAUGUCCAAGAUGUGUCAGAAGAUGCGCGAAGACAUUUAUCAAAAGAGUAUGAAUACUUGAUUUCAAAUACAGAAGAUAACUCUUGUGUAUUCAAGAAAAUACGACAAAAUCUCUUAAACUUAGCCAAAACAAUGAAAACCUGGAAUAUGGACUAUCCACUUAAAUUUAUUCAGUUGGAAAAACGUCUUCAGCAGAGGAAGAAGAAGUUACCAAUUAUUGAAUUUCGUGAACUUAAGGACAUUUCUACUGAAACUCAAAAGCCACUUACUCACAAAGAACUUAAGUUUUUCUUGGAAUUUCACCAUGAAAUGAGAACUUUAGUAUAUUUUGAGGAUCUUUCUGAUUAUAUUAUAUUAGAUACACAGUGGUUGUCUAAUGCUUUCAAAUGUAUUAUAACAGCAAAGAAAUUCCAAUCAGACGCAAGUCGUCAUCUUGUUAAAGAUAAAUGGGAUGAUUUGAAUGUCAGAGGAUUAUUACAUAGUGUGGUUUUAGAAAAUAUAUUAGACAGAAAUAAGAAAAUUUUUGAAUUUGAAGAAGAAGAGCACCCUAAUGAUAAGCACAAAGAUCAUAUCCUGAAAGUCAUGGAAAAAUUUGAUAUUAUCAUACGACCAAAAACAUCAGACCAAGUUGCUGCUGAUGAGAAACCUCUGUACUAUGUACCAUGCAUGGUAAAAGCAGUACCUGGAAAGGACAUAUAUGAAAUGUUUAAUGUGACAAAAGAUACAUGUAGGAUAUCUACUUGGUUGUGUUUCCAGUUUAGCUUUCUACCACCACAUCUAAUGAAUCAUUUAAUUGCUUCUCUGAGCCGGAAUUAUGAAGUUGCAGAAGUGGGUGUUACCAGACAAGAGCAAAGUAAAAUUGCUCUUUUCAAAAACAUUGCUGUUUUUGAGUUACAGAAGAAUACAAAGUUAACAAAAUUACUUGUUAUGACAUUCCGAAAUAUUAUUCAGAUACAAGUUUGGGAUUUUGUGGCAGAAAUUAAAGCUGGACAGUUUAAAUUCAUUGCCGACUUUAUGACACAGGAAAUAAACAAAAUAAUACAUACACGAUUCAAGAUGUCAACUGUAGAAUUUUCAAAAAAGUGGGAUUGUGGUUUUAAAAAGCCAGAAUGUAUGACAGAAUCAAGGAACUUUGAUAUUGUUGGAAAAUAUUACUGUACAACAUGUCUUGAACCACACACCUUCACUGAUGAAUGGUCAGACCAGCCAAAGCCGCCUAAGAGUUUGGAAGCUGCGUCAGGAUUAAAAUCUGACAUAGAAGACACCUCUCAUACAAACAUUAUUCCAGAAAACCCACCCAAGAGUUGUGAAGCUGACAUAAAAGGCAUCUCUCAGACCAACAUUAUUCCGGAAAAUCCACCAAAGAGUUUAGAAGUUGCCACAGGAUUGACAUCUGACAAAGGAGACACCACUCAAACCAGCAUCAUUCGAGAAAAUGAACAGAAGUGUGACCAUAAAGGCACCAUCAAAGAUAACUAUAACUAUAUCGUGCAGCAUAUAUUAGAUGUAAGUGAAAUCUUAGAUCGAAUGAUGACACAUUUGGUAAUAUCAGUAGACGACAGACGCGUCAUUGAAAAUGACAAAAGGCAAGAUGGUCGGACCAAAAAAUUGCUCAAUAUAGUGAUUGGAAGGGGAGGGACAACCAACAAUGUGUUUAUUGAUGUAUUAAAAGAUUGUGGUUACAACGAGAUCGCAGACAAUUUGAUAAAAGAGUCGGAGAAUGAUUGUCAAAGUUCAAAAUUAGAUUUAGAAGAGGUUCCAGCAUAUAAAAUACGUCUACAGAAGAAUUACUUUGAAAUAAUCAACACGUUAAAACACAACGACCAGUAGAUCGUUCGAAACAGUGAAAUAUGAAAAUACUGGGAAAUAAUUGAAACAAUUUCUGUAAAAGAAGAAAAAAAAAUCAGCUUGCUUUUUCAAAUCUACUCAAAUGAACCCUGCAUGAAGUACAGCAAACAGACCACAUAGAAAAAGGUGCACUAGAGAUAGCUGUUGCAAAGUCCAAAUUACAGACAGUUGUUCUUUUUGGAUGUACCCAUCAUUUAUUCGGUUAUAUAUUUGUUAAAUGGAAUGUAUCCAUCCUUUUUUGUAUCUUAGUUGAUGAAAUCAAAAUGUAUUUAGGUGUAAAUUAAUCGCACACAUUUUAAUGGCCCAACUAUGGGCAUUAUUUUUUUCGGUCAGUCCAUUCGUUCGUUCGUUCAUUAUUGCAUUCGUUUGUUCGUCUGUUCGUCUGUCUGUCUGUCCUGCUUCAGCUCAAAGUUUUUGGUCAAUGUAGUUUUUGUCGAGCCUGCGACUUUUGUCGCAGAAAGCUCGACAUAGGGAUAGUGAUCCGGCGGCGGCGUUAGCUAACUUCUUAUAAGCUUUAUAUUUUAGAAGGUGGAAGACCUGAAUGCUUCAUACUUUGUAUAUGGAUGCCUCAUGUUACGAAGUUUCCGUCAGUCACAUGUUCAAUGUCCUUGACCUCAUUUUCAUGGUUCAGUGACUACUUGAAAAAAAAGUUAACAUUUUUUGUAAUGUUAAAAUUAUAAGUAGUAGGAUAACUAUAUUUGGUAUGUGCGUACCUUGCAAGGUCCUCAUGCCUGUCAAACAGAUUUCAUUUGACCUCGACCUCAUUUCAUGGAUCAGUGAACAAGGUUAAGUUUUGGUGGUCAAGUUCAUAUAUCAGAUACUAUAAGCAAUAGGUCUAGUAUAUUCGGUGUAUAGAAGGACUGUAAGGUGUACAUGUCCAACUGGCAGGUGUCAUCUGACCUUGACCUCAUUUUCAUGGUUCAGUGGUUAUAGUUAAGUUUUUGUGUUUUGGUCUGUUUUUCUUAUACUGUAUGUAAUAGGUCUACUAUAUUUGGUGUAUAGAAUGAUUGCAAGGUGUACAUGUCUAGCUGGCAGGUGUCAUCUGACCUUGACCUCAUCUUCAUGGUUCAGUGGUUAUAGUUAAGUUUUUGUGUUUUGGUCUGUUUUUCUUGUACUGUAUGCAAUAGGUCUACUAUAUUUGGUGUAUGGAAUGAUUGUAAGGUGUACAUGUCUAGCUGGCAGGUGUCAUCUGACCUUGACCUCAUUUUCAUGGUUUAGUGGUCAAAGUUAAGUUUUUGAGUUUUGGUCUUUUUUUUCUAAUACUAUAUGCAAUAGUUCAACUAUAUUUGGUGUAUGGAAAUAUUUUAUGAUCUAUAUGUCAGUCACACAGGUUUUAUUUGACCUUGACCUCAUUUUCAAGGUUCAUUGCUCAGUGUUAAGUUUUUGUGUUUUGUCUGUUUUUCUUAAACUAUAAGCAAUAGGUCAACUAUAUUUGUUGUAUGGAAGAAUUGUUAGCUGUAUAUGCCUGCCUAGCAUGGUUCAUCUGACCUUGACCUCAUUUUCAUGGUUCAUUGGUCAAUGUUUAGUUUACUUUGUUAAUGUUAAGUUUAUGUGACAGUUGUAAUAAAGCUUUAUAUUAAGGACUACCAACAUAAUAUCAAUGAUUAGUAAAGAAGGCGAGACAUUUCAGCGUGUGCACUCUUGUUGAUGAAGUUGAUGUAUAUUCAACUUGAAACUGAGUACACAUGUUCUCUGUGAUAGGAUCUUUAUAAUUGCAAUGCCAAAUUAGAGUUGUGAUUCCAAUAUCACAGUCCACUGAACAUAGAAAAUGAAAGUGCAAGUGGGGCAACCGUGUACUAUGUACACAUUCUUGUUUCCAAAUUAUACACAGUGAAUGGUCAAUAAAAAGGAAGGAAGAUAGUACAAAAGGACUCAUUGAAAACAAGUAUUCAUUAUAUAUUAAUCUGAAAGAUUAAUUGUUAAAUGAUAUGUUUUAAUUGAAACUUACAUUUUAUAGCAAUUUUAGGGCAAAUUCUAGUUCAAACAAGAAAUAAUUUGAGACUGGAAUAGUUUUGCAUUCGGGAAAAUAACUUAGAAAUUUAUGAUGAAAACUAACCCAACAAAGUAGGGUUAGCCAUGCACGCAUGGCUAAGGUUCAUUUUACUUUAUUAAUAUUUCAGUAGGAACUAAAUAACCCCCUUAAUAGCCAUGCACGCAUGGUUAACCGUCCCUAUUUAUGUUACUUUUCAUUAAGCAUGUGUCAAACCUUUCUUAUCAAUUUGUCGGAAUUCAAAAUAAUUCCAGAUUCAAAUAAUUUCUUGUUUUUAUAUGACCGCAAAAAAUUUGUUGGGUAUGUAUAAUGCUAUGAUGUCGUCGUGGACUGCGUCGUCGUCCGAAGACAUAUUUUUUUUCCAGACAAUAACUUUAGUUUAAGCAAAUGGAUCUCUAUGAAAUUUUACACGAAAUUUCAAUACCACAAAAGGAAGGUUGGGAUUGAUUAAUGGGGUUAUGGUACCAACAGUUUAGGAAGUAGGGGCCACAAAGGGGCCCAAAACAAGCACAUUUGUAGUUUCCGGACAAUUAGUUGUGUGUAAGUGUAUGGAUCUCUCUGACAUUGAAACCACAAGGUUCCAUAUAACAAAGGGAAGGCUUGGAUUGAGGUUUGGGGUAAUUGCCCCAAACAUGCAGGAAUCAGGGGCUAAAAGGGGGGCUACAAAAGAAGCAUUUUUGUAGUUUCCAGACAAUAACUUGUGUUUAAGUGUAUGGAUCUCUCUAAAAUUACACUACAAGGUUCCAUACUACAAAGGGAAGGCUGGGAUUGAGUUUGGGGGUAAUUGCUCCAAUUGCGGGGGGUUCAAAAUGUUUGGGGGAUUUUUUUUUUCCAAUUUUUUUAAGGGGUUCAUAUUUUUUUUUUUCAAAAUUUUUCAAAUUUCAAAUUAUUUGAAAAGUUUCAAGAAGAAGUCAUCAAAUGCACAUAUUGCGCAAAAGAUCUUUGACCGCAUUUAUUUUGUGUCAGAAACCUAUCUUAUGUCAAAAAUUUGAUCACAAACUAAAUCCAGACUUUAUCAAGCUUGAAUAUUGUGUCCAAAUUUGCCCUAACUGUUCAGGGUUCGACCUCUGCGGUUGUAUCAGGCUGCGCUCAGCGAAGCAUUUUAUUAUUUAAUAUACGGAGAAAAUAACUUAAAGGGGCACUAGCUGUCAAAUUCAUGUUCACCAAUUUGAUUCAUAACAAUUUAUAACAUUUAUCCAUCUAUUAAAAGUCUAAAAUAAACAAUUUACAAGGCAUGGCCUCGAUAAUAUGUAGCUUCGUUUCAUGUGUAUUCUAGUCUAGACGCCAUCUAAUUAACUAUCGAGUUGACCUCCGAAGUCCUCCGAUGACCAUAUAAGCGAUGUAAACAUAAAUAUAGAAAUAAAUAGAUUAAGCGAACUCGUGCUUUUGGAUUUUUCUAGGUCUGUUUAAUUUCAUAUUAUAGAUUAAAAAUAUAUGUUUAUCAUCGUUUUUACCUGUAUAAGAAUGAUUUGUUGUGGAUCGAAUCAGUCAAUCAAAUGAUUUACCUUUGUUUCACUUUCAAUGUUGACUUUCUUUUCCUUUAAAUAACUUUACACGCACAAUGCAUGCGUUAUCCAUCUCUAGCUAAGGGGUUAAAUUGAAGUUCACAUGAAUACGGAUUCAAUGAGGUCGAAUUAUUCACUUGCAAGUGAAUAAUUCAUCAUCAAUGUUUCUUAGCUUAUAUCGACAAAUUGAACCAUACUGGCUGCUAAAAGCGAAUAAUUAUUUCACUAUUUUACUUUCAUUAAUGAUUCAACAAAAAAAAUCAUAUUUUAAAUUUUUUAUAUAUCUCGUAGCUAGUGCCCCUUUAAUACUUUCAUUUGCUGCUUAUCACUUGAGAGUUUCGAUGAAAAGUAGACUUAAGCUUGAUCUUUCUAUCAAACAGUUUGAAUAAGAAUUAAAUGGUUGUUGAAACAAUGCAUAAUAGCUGAAAUUUGACUCUAUAGGAAAAACCAAUGCAUAAUCAGUAUUCGUCGAAUUAUCAUAGUUGAAUGAAAACAGGACAAUAUGUUUUGACUUUAAGGAUAGGAAACAUAUCGAGCAUGUUUUGUGAAAAUCUUUCAGUUUGUUUUCUGAAAUAAUCUGAUAAUUUUUUUAUGUUUUGCAUAUCUAAAUAAGGUUGGACUCCUUUAAAUUUCCUUUAGUUCCGCCAAAAUGUUGAUUUAUAACAGUUAAAGAAUUUGUAUGAAUAGCUUACCAAAAAUCGUUCUAUAUGGAUACAUUAUUUCUAUUUCUGUUCACCCUGAAAUAAUAGUCUUAAUUUUAGAGAAGGGGCAGAUUCUCUCUUUGAUAUUUCAAACAAAAAUAAACAUUUAGAUCAAACUGCAGUCUUGGGGUUUUUCAUGAAUCAUUUUAAAUAAGCAUUAACUUAUAAAUCAAUUAAAAUGUACGUUUUUGUUAUUAAAGAGUGUUUUAGUCCAUAUUCCUGAGUUUGAUAGAGAUUCUUGUGUUAUGUAAUUGCUUGGUGUAAAAUUAUGUAGAUUCGUGUGGUUUUUUUUCAGUGCAUAUUUGCAGAUUUUUGAAUCAAUUGAUUGUUCACUGUAUCAUGCAAUAGAUUAAUGAUUCAUUCUGUUGCUCCAUGCAUUCUGAUAAAGUUUUGAUUGUUCAGUGCAUUCUAGUGUUAAUACUUUAGUCCUAUUUUUUUUUAAUUGUUUUGUUGUUUAAUGCGUCAUCUAUGCAUCAGGAACUUCUUAGGAAAAAAGAUAAGUUAGCAAAAUCCUUUAACUUUACGUUCCGCUAUAUAGAUGAUGUUCUCUCACUAAGUAAUACAAAUUUGGUGACUAUGUUGAACGAAUCUAUCCCAUCGAACUAAAGAUAAAGGAUACUACAGAUACAGUUAAGUCUGCCUCAUAUCUUGACUUACAUCUAGAAAUUGACAAUGAGGGUCGGUUGAAAACAAAACUUUACGACAAAAGAGAUGAUUUCAGCUUCCCAAUUGAGAACUUUCCUUUUCAAUGUAGCAACAUUCCAGCAGCGCCUACAUACGGAGUAUAUUUACAUUGUAUCGUAGAUCAAAUUUAUUCGUUCAACGAUGUUCAUUUGAUCACUACAUCUUUUGCUUGAGUUAAGCCAUUCCAAUUGAUAUUUUAUAGUGUGUCUUUUUAUUAGCUCACCUGGCCCGGAGGGCCAAGUGAGCUUUUCUCAUCACUUGGCGUCCGUCGUCCGUCGUCGUCGUCGAUAGCUUUUUACAAAAAUCUUCUCCUCUGAAACCACUGGACCAAAUUUAACCAAACUUGGCCACAAUCAUCAUUAGGGUAUCUAGUUAAAAAAAUGUGUCCGAUGACCCUGCCAACCAACCAUGAUGGCCGUCAUGGCUAAACAUAGAACAUAGGGGUAAAAUGUAGAUUUUGGCUUAUAUCUCUGAAACCAAAGCAUUUAGAGUAAAUCUGAAAUAGGUUAAAACUGAUUAUCAGGUCAAGAUCUAUCUGCCCUGAAAUUUUCAGACAAAUCUGACAACCUGUUGUUGGGUUGCUGCCCCUGAAUUGGUAAUUUUAAGGAAAUUUUGCAGUUUUUGGUUAUUAUCUUGAAUAUUAUUAUAGAUAGAGAUAAACUGUAAACAGCCAUAAUGUUCAGCAAAGUAAGAUCUACAAAUAAGUUGUCAUGACCAAAAUUGUCAGUCGACCCCUUUAGGAGUUAUUGCCCUUUAUAGUCAAUUUUUAACAAUUUUUUGUAAAUUUUUGUGAUCUUUUACAAAAAUCUUCUCCUCUGAAACUACUGAGACAAAUUUAACCAUACUUGGCCAUAAUCAUUAUUAGGGUAUCUAGUUUAAAAAAUUUGUCUGAUGACCCUGCCUUCCAACCAUCAUGGCUGACUUGGUUAAACAUAAAACAUAGCGGUAAAAUGCAGUUUUUGGUUUAUAUCUCUGAAACUAAAGCAUUUAGAGCAAAUCUGACAAGUGGCAAAAAUGUUCAUCAGAUUUAGAUUUAUCUGCCAUAAAAUUUUCAAUCGAAUCCGACAACCUGUUGUUGGGUUGCUGCCCCUGAGUUAGUAAUUUUACAGAAAUUUUGCAGUUUUUUGUUAUUAUCUUAGAUAUCAUUAUAAUAUCUAAUAUCUAAUACUAUUAAUUAUGAUUUUAAUCUAUUUUACAUGAUUUCCAAAGUAUCAGUAAAUACAGGUGAGUGACACAGGCUCUUCAGAGCCUGUAGUUUAGCCAUGGCGUUGUCAGUUUAUUUUCAAUGUAUGAGUUUGACUGUCCCUCUGGUAUCUUUCGCCCCUCUUUUAAUUGUAAAGUGCUGUAAAAUGCAGAUUCUUGAAUCAUUCAACUGUUCAUCAUUGAAUUGUAUGUAUAGUAUUGAGUAAUUGUAUUCUUCAUUAUUUGUUAAUACAUUUUAUUUGUAAAGUAAUCCGGAAAUAUGAGUCAUUAGUCUAAUAUAGAUAAUUGAGACACUUGAUUGUUCAGUUAAGACGCAUGUAAAUACAUUUAAUUGUGAAGUAAUAUAGAAAUAUAAGUAAUAAGUCUUAUAUAGAUAAUUGAGACACUUGAUUGUUCGGUAUAGUCGAAUGUAAAUACAUCAGUAGUAUAUGUUGGAGUUUAAUGCUCAAGUAUUUAUAUGAUUGUUUAUAGCAUUUACAUGUUGGUUCUUGUGAAAUUAACUUGUUCAGUGCAUUCUUUUAUAAACGUGAUUAACAAUUUUGCUGUUCAGGAAUUAUGGUUGAUUGGAAAUUGACAGUUAAAUGGUGUUGGCUGUUCUUUUUUUGGAAAAUAACAAGCUUUAUAAAAGACUUAUAAACUGAUAGUUUAUAAAAAAGCAAACAUAAAUGAAAGAGUGUGACCUCAUUGUUAAGUUAUUGACUUUUUGACGGGAAAUGAUUUUCUCUAGAUCUUUCUAUUAUUUAACAUUAGCAGUUUAGCACCCUUUUACUUUUAAAAAACUUUAAAAAAAAAAAUAAAGAUUUUAAAAGAUUUUCAUGAAUGGCUUUUUAAUCCAAAUAUUAUAAACUUUGAAAUAAAAAGUAGGGGUUACAGGGCAAAGUUAAUAAUGGCACUACAUGGAUAAACCCGGGGUAUUCAGAAUCAAACAGAACCUUUUAUGUCAAAAUAAACAUGAUAGAGGCCCACCGAGUUUGAUAUAGCAAACUUUCAUUUUUCUUUUCGAUGGGUAUUGUCCUCAAUCGAUUUAACAUCAACACUUAUAAAUGUUAUGUACUGCCAGUUUGCUUUUAUCUUUGGUUGAUUUCAUUUUAUAGAGAAUUCUGAUGUAGAAUAUUUGACUGUUUAACAGACAGUUGUGUUAUAUUUUCUUAUUAAGUCAUUCUACGAAUACUCAUCUCAUUGAGAUAUCCCCUAAACAAUAUUUAUAGAUUUUCAAGUAGAGUUAACCAUAUAUAAACAUGUCACUUUCAAAACAUAUAUGCUAGAAAAUGUUUCUUUCUAUUUAACAUACAUCAUGCAAACUUAGCCUUACCAGAUAUAUUUUUUAAAAUUAUGUAUGUUGUAUGUAUGUAUUAUAGAAUGUUUUUGUUUACUUGAUGUGCAGUUAACCAUACAGAAACAUCAUAUGAAACAAAUAAAAAUAUCUUUUAUAUA